UCAGUGUAGAAACAGAACGGGCAGACAACAAAAACUUUGUAGUGGUUGUUUACUUCCAGCAAAGGUUCACGGGAAUGAAACCAUAAAAUGACCCUUUCAAGAAAUUAUGCGGGUUGUAUUUGCAAUUGUGGGAUUAAUGCAUAACGACAUGAAAAAAUAUCUCAGGCUAUAGGCAUCCCUGACGUGCCUACCCACCAAGAAAGUACGAAGACGGCAAGCGAAGCGUCCCGCCGAUACAGGCAUAUGCAACUGUUUUCAGUCUUAUCCUCAAGCUUCAUCUUGAAAAAUCCUAUUUUUUAAUGAUCUUUUCCUCCCUGUUUUCACACUGGUUAGAGAGCUUUCCUGCAGCUUUUCUCAGUCAUCUGUUGCCCAUCUCUCCUCCGCCCACACUCCAGAGCUUUCUGCACCCCAUCUGUCUUGGCCUCCUGAUCUUCUCAUAUUGCCCUAUUUAUCUCUUUGGGUCUACACAUGACCUUUCCUGCACCUCUCUCCCGCCUCCCAUCCCUGGUGUCACUCUCUGGUUUGCCCUCUCACACCUGCUCUUCCUGCCGUCCAGCUGUUUCAGGUGAGUGAUGGAGAUGAGAGAGUGGAGUGUGGUGGCCGGGAGCUUUGCUGGUUUCCAGCUGCUCUUCUCCAUAGUCUGUCCCCUGCUCUCCCGUGCCCUGGCCCCAGGAUACAGCCGCCUAGCCCCUGGCAAGCACACAGAGUGGAACUCCAGGUUGGUUUCCACCAUCCAUGCUCUGAUUGUGGGAUUUUUCUGUCUCUAUAUCCUGUGGUUUGAUGACGCUGUCAACACAGACCCAGUCUGGGGAGAUCCCAGACUUGUGAAGCUCAACGUCGCAAUAACCUGUGGCUACCUCCUUUAUGACCUUCUACUGCUGGCCUGUAACUGGAGCUCAAUGGGAGACAGCUUUUUCGUGUGUCACCACUUGGCGGCGCUCUACGCUUAUGGAUACGUCCUGAGUCGAGGAGUGCUACCCUAUUUUGCCAAUUUCCGUCUCAUUUCAGAGCUCUCCACCCCAUUUGUUAACCAGAGAUGGUUCUUUGAGGUCCUCUUGUACCCGCGCUCGGGCAACCUGGUCGUGGCCAACGGAGUGGCCAUGACGGUGGCCUUCUUCCUGGUCCGGAUCGCCGUGAUUCCCUCCUACUACUCCAAGGUCGUGGCCACCGUAGGGACACCUGCAUUCACACGCCUGGGCCCGGGGCCACAGGUGGCUUGGAUUCUCUCCAGCGUCUGCCUGGAUGUCCUGAACAGCAUAUGGAUGUACAAAAUCGGCAGGGGGCUGUACAAGGUCCUGGCUAAUGUCGUCAGGAAGGGUGAAGGCGGCCGCCCCAUGAAGCAGAACCACCUCUCCGGCUCCCACGUGAACAACCACUCAGACUGAGGGGUGGGAGGCUGAGCAAAGGUGUGAGCCAUUGGAUGCUUUUCUCUUUUUUUUUUCUGAUGAUUUGUGAAAUUGCUGCCAUCAGGUAUCAGUGGAAUCAGUGUCCCAACCUGAAUUUCCCUUCCCUACUCACAGCACAUUUCAUCUUUUACUUCCUGAUGCGCUCUCAUAAUCAGCUUCACGGAGAUGACAGGGAUGUAAAGCAUCUACGCUAUGCUCUCCCUCUUUUCAGCAAUCCCAAACCAAAUCCACUUUAUUGAGGAAUUGAUUCUUCAUGCUAUAUUAGCCUAUGCCAGCCCUGUCACUCCACAUCAAGGUCGUUAUGGGUUGAUUGCUACCUUCUUCUUCCUCCCUUUCAUUACACACACCCUCGUCAAUUUCCUCCCAUCAGACAACCUGCUCUGGAGAGAGCUCUCUGCUGCUUACAACAAAAGGACCUCUGUCAGAUAGUGGGACACAGUACAGUGACCAAGAUGCCUCUUACCCAGCUGCCUUGACUACUGCAUGUGAAAAACUCCUUUUUGUCCAUAGUCUGUACACUUAGAAAAAAGCCAGCUCACAUUUACCAACAUUCACAGGUCCUCAAGGUGUCUAGGCCUUAGAAACAGCCAGAUUUCAACCAGCAGCUUGGACAGAAAGGCAGAAGAACCCUAGAGAAAUGUAAAACUGCACAUGGGUUCAACCAGAUAUAUCUAUUGUGGUGUCCUACAGUGGAGUAUCAGGGGGACUGUUUCCAUUGCCCAUAUGUUUCUGCUCUGAGAUGGGAAAUAUCUUUUCUUAACCCCAAUGAUGUAUUCUAGAAAAGUCAUGACCCAGAUCUUAAGUUUAUUAACUGUUAGGUAAUUUCCUACUCUCUUUAGCCCAUCACACUUAGCCCUUGUGAGUUCUUCAUUCAUUUAUAAAAAACACAAAACGUCCUCAGGAUCUCUGAAUGUAACCGUCCAUGCUGUUUAUCUGGUAUUAUUAUUUUGCUCCUAUUUCAUUCUUUUUACACCUAUAAAUUGUCACAGUGUUUCACAUAGUCCUUGCCUUGACAAGCCUAGUGCUUCUGCGGCAACACGUUGUGAGACAUUGUUGUAUUAUUGAUGCAAAAAAGUUGCAUUUCUCCGUGGGAUGCCCGUUCUCAGUGUUACAAAAGCAAAAGCGUCAGUCAUACCAUGGGCAUAUCACAGGAGACUGAGAGGAACAUUAAAUGUAACGUCUACACUUCAUCCUUAACUUUGAGCAACAAAGUGAAACAAUUAGAUUUUUUAUUAUUCUAGUUCCUUAUUAUGAGGUCAUAUAUUGGCUUCUUUCUUUGCUUAUAUUUUCUCUUCAGAGUUACAUACAUCAUACAUCAUAGCAUUUAGUUUUAAGCCCCCUACCCCCAAGUAUUCACAUAAAGUCAUGUGUUGCCUUAAGGUGCUUCUCAGUCUUCAGCCAUGAAAAAUGGAUUUACCAUUGGAACCAGUAGUGAGAUUUAUGUUUUUUAAUCAUAGUUUUUGAUCACUUGUAAAUAAUGGUUCAGAAGUAUAGGUGCUUUGUGAAUGUAUCAGGUCUGUUUUGUUUAUUACUAUGAUCAGAUGGAAUUUAGCUUUCACUAAAUUACAGAUCAUUAUGUCUCUUUGGCUGCAGACAUCUAAUGAAGUAAGUUCCCAGAAUUAGAAUGGUCUGGGUCCCUUCAGCACUCAGUUUUAAAGGUACCCUGAUCUGAAUAAGAUCUUUUUGGGUGCUGAUGUAAGAUGACCUACAAACCCUGCUAUGGGUCUUGUGCCUUUAAACAAACAGGAACUUCAAUGCAGCCAAGCAGAGAUUAACAGUUUUCUUUUAAAGCAGGUGUUGUUUUCAGUGUUUUUACUCUGUUUUCUAUACAAGUACUCUAUACUGUAAAUGACUGUCCAUACAUUCUUUCAUUAAUUUUGGUCAAAUGAUAUCUGGAUGGGAAGGAACUGGAGGAAGCAGAUUGUGUCUAUGAACAGUUACUGUACAUCUUACACAAAAUGCUGAUUACCAAUGUGAAGAGGUGGGUAGGAGGUCCACAGAUGAAAAUGUCUUUUGAAGGGGCUAAGAAAUUCCCUAGGUGCCGGCAUUGUGUCUGGGGAGCUCUGGGGAGCCCCAUAUUGCUACUCUGAUCUGUAGAAAGGACAUGUUCUGCUGAUACCUCUUCCUCUUACUGAAGCUGGGGUGCAAGCCUUUAGUUUAUAAAGAGGAGAAAAAGCCCCGUGGAACUCUUAUAGCAAUAUUAUCUUAUGCUGUAGGCCGAGGGUGCCAAACCCAAUUCCUUCAUUCACUUUGCUGUAGUCUUCGCUCUUAAUUUACCAGCCCAGUUGGUCACGUUGUUUGGCAGUUUGUUAAAUACGAUGUGAUGGCUAUUCUCAAAUAUUUUGCCGUAGCGUAUUUUGGGAAGUGCAUUAGGGUAAAAGUCAUAUGGCUAACACCUAAUUGGACCAGCAAAGCCAGGGGAAUUGGCUGAAACAGAAACCAGCAUAGUCACCGUCCCAGUAGGAAUUGAGUUUGACACCACUGUUAUAAAUGAGGCCAUUGGGAGCUGUAUGCGUCUCUGGUGGUUUAUGUGGAGUGGGCCAGUCCAGUCUCUCCCUCUGGUUUCCUGUGGCCCAUACAGCUGAUUGAGUUUAAAAAAGGAUAGCACAAGAGGCAAAUGUAUUAUGCCCACUCCAAAAUACAGUUAGCAUUAUGGUGCUUAUUAAUAUGAGACUAAUGUGAGGGGUAGUUUAAUUACCUAUAGGCUAUAUUUUUGAUAAAUUUACAGAAUUUAAAGCUGCAUUAAAUAAAAUGGAAAGGAAGUAAAGACUUCCAUGCCAUUACUGAUCAAAAGCACACCACGGGCUUUGGCAUUAAGAUCACAAAUGACUAUGAUGUGUACAGUUGUAUUUAGUACAUGAUAUCUUAAAAUCAUGGAGACGGUACAGUAUUGUGAAAGGGCAUGCAGUCCGUAAACCCUGGGAUGGUUGUGGUUUGUGUGGUCCACACCGUUAUACUUACAGUCUGGAGGGAAACACAAGCCACCUGGGGUUAAGGAAUGGUUUUUCCCCCGUAGCUCAGGAAAUUUUCACCUUUUGCUUCUGCAUGUGUUCUGCAUCAAGGAAACCGU